AUGUCAAACCUCCGGGAGGACCUCGCGGCGGUGCUGUCCGUGGACAGCGCCGCGGGUGGGCCCGCACCGCCCCGGCGCCCCGAGGCCCAAGUGCACGCUGAACGCGAGGGCCGCCCGCCGUCCGCACAUGGGGUGCCGCCGGUGCACAGUCGCACGUCUGUGGCGUCGCGGCAGGGCAAGCGCUCGAGGGCGCCGGCUCAGCGCCAGGCCAGCGCGCGGGGCGGUGAGACCGACGCGUUUGGUCAAGUUGCGAAUGCCAAGGUCCGCGCGCUCCUCCAGGGCGACGGAACGGACCGCAGGCGGGCGCGCGUGGCCACGGAGAUAUCUAUGGAUCUAGCGGCAUCGCACUCCGCCGCGGACGCCGCGCGUCCUGACCGCGCCAGGACCCAGCCCCUGCACUCGUCGUCCAUGUCCCGGCUCUUCGGCGCGCGGUCGUUCGCCCAGUCGUCCUCGCGAGGGCCGCCGCGCACGACGUUCCCGAGCAGCCUGGUCCACGCGAAGAACGCGGAGGCCGUGCUCGCUGGCUCGCCUCCCCAGCUCGGGCCGACCACCGUCAGCGCCGACGUCGACACGUACCAGCUGCCGCCGCCGUCGCCGCGCCCGCGCCUCGGCGUCGCGCUCGAGGACGCCGGUAUCGUCCCGCCGGACCGCGGCGUCGCGGAGCUCAACUCGGUCGUCGCGCGCGAGAUCGACUUCAGCGACGGCCUGCGUGGGCCCACGCGCGGCGCACAGCACCUCACGGUCGGCACGCUCACGGGGCGGCGCCCGGCGGCCAAGGCCCAGGGCGGGCACAUCCGCGACGUGAUCCGCGGGGCGGCGGAGAUCAGCACGAUGCGCUACGGCCUGGACCACACGGUGCCGCCCGGGAUCACCACGGGCGCCGAGGCGGUGACGUACUUCAUGCGCGGGAAGGCGAAGGAGGGGCUGCUGCUGUACGCGAACUUCGCGGAGGACCCGAAGGUGACGCUGUCGUGGGAGCCGUACAGCCUGGUGGUCGUCCCGCGCGAGGAGGCGCGCGCGGACAACUACUUCACAAUCAGCCUGACGGGCGUGACGCACGUGGUGGACGGCGACGAGGCGUCGUCGCAGGAGCUCCCCGAGUGGCUGCAGGACCGCGCGGUGUUCAGCAUGAUCAAGCGGAUGAAGUUCUUCACGUCGUUUCGGCUUCUCAAGGCCUUCAAGCGCUGGCGGCACAACGUGCGGAGCUCGGCGCUGGAGAACGCCCGCCGCCGGCUGUCGACGCAGUGGCUCCAGGGGCACCCGCAGCUGGGCCCGCACAUCCGCGCCGCGGCCGCCGCGAUCGCGGAGAUGCACGCCAACCAGGCGGAGAAGCGGUGGGAGCGGGACUCGCGCACGGGCAAGUGGACGCAGCGGCCCUGGAACCCGUGGGUGGUGCCGCCGCAGGAGCUGCGGAGCUGGAAGCCCGGCGUGAAGGAGCUGGGCAUCCUGGGCGCGCUCACCGCGAUCGACAAGACGGCUCUGCCCGCCCAGAUUGAGGCCACGCUCAAGUUCCGGGAGGGGGCGAUUCGCGGCGCGACGGACGCGAUGAGCCACCUGGUGCAGACGGUGGUGAACGAGACGGCCGCGAUGGGCCGGGCGAUCGCGACGGAGGUGGAGGAGGUGCGCGCGCAGUGCGCGGCGGAGGAGCGCAAGCCCAAGGCUGACGCAUGGGGCGCGCAACUGACGUGGCGGGACAAGUCGCUGAGCGCGAUCAAGGACGGUGGGGAGCACCGCUCGCGGCUCCUGGCCGAGGCGCAGACGCGCGAGGAAAAGCUGUGGCGCGCCGUGCGGCUGGUAGACCAGCUGAUGCUGCAAAACAUGCUGCAGCUGGCGACCACCGCGGUGACGACGUUCACGAGCCAGCUGCUGCGCGUCCAGGGCCUCGUGCUCGUCAGGGCGCAGGUCGUCGAGGAGGAGGAGGAGAAGCCCGAGGUGCAGAGCAAAUCGCUCACGGGGCGCUUUCGCCAGCCAGGCCAAAUCUCCCUCGAGGAACAGCGCAAGUUCGCGGCGCAGCGGCGGCAGCUGCGGCAGUCCAUGCUGGGCGUCGACGGCAAAGACAAUCAGGCGGCCCCGGCAGAUGCACGCAAGGUCCUGGAGCUCGUACCGCGCGUGUCGACGCUGGAGCUGCACUUCGAGCACCUCGUGGCCAGCGUCAACGCGCUGGUGACGGGGUUUCCGCGGCUGGUGGCCAUCAAGCAGGUGGUGCCGUACACGGAGUGGCACAGCUCGGGCGGGCCGCCGCAGAACCUCCCGACCGUGCGGCGCAUCCUGGUGAGCCAGGGCGAGGACCCCGAGAACUACGUGCGCGCGGUGGUCAAGGGCGCGCGGCGGGACUUCCGCGGCGCCGUGCUGCACCCCGACACCGCGUUCUACUUCGAGCAGGGCCCGGACCGCCACCGGUUCGCGGUCGGGUGGAGCGAGCACUGGUACGUGGACAAGACGUCCCUCAAGGCCUUCCAGGAAGACAUGGAGUCGAUGAAAGACUGGCAGACCAAGCUGGCGGACGCGACGACGGUGGUGCGGUCCGGGCUGAUCCACCUCGACGUGCAGGACGUGCGCGACAAGUUCCUCCCCGCGGCCACGCGCGUCGUGGACGGCCUCGCGGACCUCGUGGCGCGGUUCAUCAGCAAGCAGUGCCGCGAACUGAUCGCGGCGGCCUCGGACGCGACCGCGCUGCUCAAGGACCGCCCGAGCGAGAUGGAGCACUUCCUGUCCUACAUGACGGACCUCGCGCCGUACCUCGAGCCGACCGGGUCGGCCCGCGCGCGCCUCGAGGACCUGGCGAAGGGCCUGCAGGAGGCAGAGCGCCUGUUCGCGUCCGACGACCUGUCGGCGAUGCUCGAGGAGAAGGCGCGGGCGAAGGCGGCGGGCGAGAAGCAGCGGGUGCGCGGGGACGCGCUGCUGAAGCGGCUCAGCGGGCCCGGCCCGGCGCAGACCACCGGGGACGUGUUGGCCGAGUGGGCGGAGGCGCGCGCGGCGUUCACGGAGUUCGAGGCGACGUCGCGGGACGCGCAGGACUUCGUCGAUGGGUUCAAGGCGAUGGCGCACCAGAGCCUGGCGCAGGCGGCGCAGGACAAGGAGCACGCCGCGAUGUCGCUGCUGACGCGGGCGCGCAUGGGCGCGCUGGCGUCGUCGGCCACGCGGCCGCACGCGGCGCUGAUGGAGAUCGACCGCAUGGAGAUCGACCUGCUCAAGCUCGACGACGCGAUCACGACGCUGCGGAAGCACGAGGACCGUCUCGGCGGGGCCGAGGUGGAGGGCGUGGCGGUGACCAUCAAGGCGGUGUUCCGCGCCCUGGAGGAGAAGACGAAGCUGUGGACGGCGCUGCGAUCCUGGGACUUCUUCCUCGACACGAUGCGCACGACGGAGACGGGCGGGACGGACCUCCCGAACGAGGCGUCGAUCCAGGAGCGCGUCGAGGCGCUGGACGCCGCCCUGGCCCCAAUACUCGAGCGGGAAGUCGCGCCGGGGGACGGCCUGGACUCGCUGACGGACCUGACGCUGGUGACGCAGGACGAGCACAACAUGGCGAAGGAGAAGAGCGUCGAGGUGGAGUGGUGGAAGGCGGCGUGCAAGCAGGCGCGCAUCCUGUGCAGCAGCUCGCUGCGCCCGCGGCACCGGACGCGCCUGCUGCAGAUCCUCGGCCAGGAUCUGGUCAUGCAGCUCGAGGACGCGAUCAAGGAGGACGUCGCCGAGUCGCGCCCAGAGUCCCCUGCGAGCGCGCAGAGCCCGGUGCAGAGCCGGCCGCAGAGCCCCGCAGUGCUGAGCGCCGCGCAGUCGAUGCACGGUGCGCGUGCGGAGUCGCCGGAGAGGCCCGACAGCGCCGCGCAGUCGAUGCACGGUGCGCGUGCGGAGUCGCCGGAGAGGCCCGACAGCGCUGCGGAGUCAAUGCACGGUGCGCGUGCGGAGCAGCUGGAGCCGGCGAGAAGUGGGUUCGAGAUCACUGCACUGCGCGCAGUUCGCAAGGCCGAAAUCCCCAAAGCGCCGUCGUCGCUGGCGGGCCGGGGGCUCCCGCGGUCAGACUCAGCGGCGAGCAGCACUGCGCCAGCCCCGGUGCAGCACCGCUACCGACCGCCGCUGACCGUGACGGACUUCGCGACGUCCCUGCUGGCGGUGACGCGCCUGCUGAGCUGGCACCUCGCGGGGCAGCAGGCGCUGCAGCAACUGUGGAUCACGGCGUCACGCGAGGCCGAGCUGCAGGGCGAGCUGAUGCGGCUGCGCGGGGAGUGGAACCGCCUCCGGCUGGAGAUCGCGGAGCCUGCGCGGCCGAAGGACGUGCGCGGCGGCGCCCCGUUCGGCGCGGCGACGUCCGGACCGCUCAUGGCCACCAUCACAAACAUCCCCGACCUGCUCCAGCAGGUGCAGAACAUCCAGACGCAGCUCGACAGCGCGAGCAUGAGUCCGCACGUCGGCGGCAUCGUGCAGGACCUGCAGCGCACCGAGCACGCCCUGAGUCAGGUGGCGGACUCGCUGGCGACCACGGGGCGCUUCCAGCAGGCGUACCGCAUCGUCGCGAUGGUGUUCGCGGCGUCGGCGGACGCCGGGGCGGACCAGUACGCCGAAGUGCAGGACUGCGGCGCGCAGUGGCACAACAUCAUGGCCAUGGUGCGCGAGCAGCCCGUCGUGGCCUCGGCGUGCAUGGACGGCGGCCCGCUCACGCGCUGCAAGGCGCUCCUGCAGCGCGUGCUCGCGCUCAACGAGGGUCUCGAGCGCGCCCUCGAGCACGCGCGCGAGCACUGCCCGCGCCUGUACUUCGUCGACGACAACCGCCUGCUCGACAUCAUCUCAACGGGGAGCUCCGCGCUCGAGCUUCCGCGCGACGUCGUGCGACGCGUGCUCCCGGGGGCGGUCGAGCUGUUCGACGUGACGGAUCGCGGGUCGGAAGGCGGCACGAACGCGGGGGACUCGUCCACGCCAGCUGGGGGGUCUUAUGCGGCCUCCAAGCGCUUCGAGCCGGGACGCGCGGUGACCGCGGUGCGCGGGGCCGGGCACGCCGAGGUGCUGCAGCUCGUGAAGCCCGUCGGCUGCGUGGUCGACAGCCCCGCGAGCGUCGCCGAGCAGCUCACCGCGCUGGUGUCGGAGAUCCGCCGCACCCUGCACACCACGCUGCUGCGUGCGGUCGUGCAGCUGUCGCGCCCGAACCAGGAGGACGACCAGGACGCGGGCUUUCGGAGGUCGAUCGUCGAGGACGCGGUGCCGCUGCGGCGCUCGCUCGUGUCGGAGAGCACGUCGACCGACUCGCUGGACAUGGACUUGACUCAGGCGCCGCUGCAAAUCAUCUCUCUCGCGCAGCAGUGCGUCUUCACCGACCUCGUCCACCGCGCUCUCGUCCGGCAGCAGGCCGGGCAGGACGCCAAGGCCCUCCUCGCCGCGCAAGACGUCCUGCUCGCCAACCUAGAGCAGACGGUGGACGCGGUGCGCUCCGCCGCGGAAGCGGCCGCGCGGGCGCGGGGGAGCCGAUUGGACGACGACCCGGGGGUGUCUCAGGCGGCUUCAGUGGACCGCGAGGCCUUGCUGCUGAACGCCGCGCAGGGGGUGUUUGUGGGAGGGAAGCUGAGCGAGCGGUCCAAGCAGGACGGGGUGCUGGGGACGGAGGCGGACGACAACGUCGAGGCGGCGGAGGAGGAGGACCGCGAUCACGCGGGUGCGGUGGCGCGCGCGUGCCUCGGCGUGCUGCUGCGCUGGCGGGACCUGACGGACAGCCUGGUGGCGAAUCAGGCCGACACCCCCAUGGCGCUGGAGUGGGUGCGCCAGGUGCGGUACUACAUGGGCGAGCAGGACAAGGAGACGACGGUCCGCGUGCUGGACACGAGCCUGCCAUACGGGUUCGAGUACGCCGGCGCCGCCGUCGACCCCGGCCCGCUGAUGGGCAUCAACGCCUUCGGUGGUCUCGUGCCCGUCGCCACGGGGCUCGGGCACGGCCACGUUCUCGCUCUGCAGGAGACGCCGGGGAGCGUGAGCGCAACCGAGGCCGUCAAGGCCCUCGCGGGCGCGUUCGGGCGCUACUGCGUUGCCAUCGGUGCCGUGCAGCUGGGCACUGCCGAGUCCCUGGGCCGCGUGGCCGUCGGGGCGAUCGAGUCGGGGGCGUGGUUGUGCCUCGCGAACGUCGAGCGUCUGGCGCCGUGCGUGCUCUCCCACGUCGCGCAGAAGCUGCAGGGCCUGGUGACUGCGUUCCGGUCGCCGGCCGCCGUCAGUCAGACGACGGAGACGCUGCGACCCGGCCUGCUCGACAACGGGAUGGAGUUCGAGCCGCAGAUCUUCAUCGGCGUCGGCUCCAGCGAGGGCGAGGCCGCCGCGGAGCGCGUCAUGCUCCACGUCGGCUGGAACGCGCGGCGCAUGUGUCUCACCACAGGCAACUCUGGUGUGCUGCUGCACGCAGUCAUGCUCAGCCUCGUGGUCACCGACGCAGAGGACGCGGCGCGGACGCUGUGCGCGACUGUCGCGCUGCUCUCGGAGCACCUCCCGACGCGCCCGCAUGUCCCGCGCGGGGACGCCAUGAUGCUGCUGCUGGCGCGCACCUGCGUGGCCCUCGGCCAGGCGAAGUACCCCGCCGGGAGCGCGGGGAUGGAGCUGGCCUCCGAGGCCCUCGAGCUGAGCUGGGGCUCCUUCCUCGCGGGCACGUCAGACGAGGACUUGUACCGCACGCUUGUGGCGGAUGUGUUCACGGACGGCAUCGAGGAGGACCGCCCGGACCACCUCUCGAGGGCCGGGUCGCUCGUGAGCCAGGCGUCGCUCGCCGGCGGGACACUGCAGGCCGCGCAGGCGCGCGACCGUGCCGCGGCCGGCGACAAGACGGCAGGGGGGAAAGCCAAGGAGCCUGAGGCGACAUUCGAAGCAGGGGUGGCGGCCGCCCUGGCGCGGCUUGAGCGGGAGGGCAUGACUGUAGCGCCGCACGAGGCGGAGGUGGUGGCUGCGCUGGAGCGGAUGCGCGCGGCGCUGGACUCGUCUAGCGGCGCGAUGAUGGUGGUGGGCCCGCCGUCGUCUGGGAAGUCGGCGCUCCUGCGGGCGCUGGGGUACGCGCUGACGGUCGAGCAGGGGGGGACCGCGGUGACGGUGGACCAGGUGUUCCUGGACGCGUCGUCCCACGGCGAGCUCCUGGGCAUGCGUGGCGGGUCGGUGGAGGGCAGUGGGGGCGGGGGUGCGGCCUCGAAGCACGGCGUCCUGUCGUCCGCGCUGAUGCAGGACGCCGGCCGUGUCGAGAAGGGCGACGCGAUCAUCAGCCGUAUCGUCGUCUGCGACGUCUCCGCCGGCCUGACCGCGGCCCUGCGGAGCCCCUUCGCCGUGGAGGUUGAGGCCCCCGGCGACAGGGACGCCGGAGGCGGGGGCGGCGCGAGCCUCGACGCGGUGCUGCCGCUCCUGGAGAUCGGCACGCUGUUGCUGAGCAACGGGUCGGUCAUCGUGCCGCACCCGGUCGCGCGGAUCGCCGUCGAGACUGACUCAAUCAGCAUCAUGACCCCUGGGGUACUCUCGCGCCUGCCCGUCGUGUGCCUCAACGGACCCGCAACGCUCGGAGCGACGCGCCUCAGCCUCAUACAGAGCCUGCACGCCGCGGGCGUUCUCACCGAGAGCUCGCUGCUGCUCGCCGAGGCUGUCGUGGAAGGCACGUUCAGCAACCUGCCGCCGGGGGCGCUGCCGGGCCCGGAGCACCUCGCGCUGGAGCGCGCGUGCGGCAUCGCGGAGGUCCUGUUCUCGGACCUCUCGGCCCGGGUGCCGAUCUCGCUCCGAGGCAACCACCCUCACUCGAACCUGACGCCCAUGGACUACCUGGGUCGGUGCUGCCUCGCUUACGGCCUGCUGUGGGCCACGGCCGGCGCGAUGGAGCCGGACGUCGGCAAGAGCGUGGCGAGGCUCGUGGACGAAACGGCGGACUCGUACAACUUCGUCGCCUUCGCGCGCAAGGUCCCUCCGCUCGAGCAAGUCAUUGACGCUGACACGGUUGACUUCGUGCACUGGCCGGACCCGACCGAGACGCUAAAGAGCCCCUGGGCGCCGGCGGACCCGCACACAAAGGUGGCAGUGUCCUCCGUGGGCGCCAGGCUCCGCAGCGAGCUGCCGACCGAGCCGGGCUCGCACAUUUUCAUCCACACCGCGGGGACGCGCUGCGUGCAGGCGGCCGCGUGGCUGCACAUGCGCGCCGGCUGGGCGCCGGUCCUCAUCGGCCCCGCGUACUCGGGCAAGUCGGAGAUCGCUCGCGGCAUCACCCGCGGGGCAGGGAACCACCAGCUGAUCGUACACCCUCUGGUGUCCUCAACAGGGGCGGUCGGGCUGAGCGGCACGCUCGCGGCCUUUCUGCACCAGGACCGCAGCUCGACGCUGCGCCCACACGGAUCCGGCAGCGCGCUCCUGCUCCUCGACGACCUCCACGAGCCUGCAGCGAUGUGCGUCCGCGGCGCAUCCGCUGCCGCCCGCGGGGCUGCGGCGCGCCUGAUCACCGCGGUGCGGAUGCUCUGCGAGCUCGGCGAGAUGGAUCACGUCGGAGCCUCCGGGCCGAAGCGGCUGAGGCUGCAGCGCACGAUGAUUGCGCUGACGGGCACGCGCGAGGGACUGUGGCCCAAAGGGUCCGGGUCGCACCUGCGCGGAGACGCGCGGCUGACGACGCGCCUCGCGACGGUAUCCGCCGAGCAGAGCCCGCUCGCGACGCCGGGGCUCGCGCCGGCGCAGGUCAUGGCCACCAAGAUGUUCGGCGAGGUCGUGAGAGCGGUGAUGGAACCAGCCUACGCCAUCCUGCUGGACAAGGAGCGCACGGACGGGGUGUGCACGGCCGUGCAGCGCGCCCUCGUCGAGCUCGCCUCGCCCAACCAGCAGGUGGCGAAGGCGCAGCGCAGCGCGGCGCUGGUGCCGCGCGCGAUCGCCCUGCUGCACACGGUGGCGGUGUCGGUCUCUGGCUCCCUCGCCACGCGGCUCGGGCAGGCCCUGCACGGGCAGGUCACGCGCCAAGAUCUGAGCCGGGCCCUGAGCAGCAUGAGCAUGGCGGCCGUGAGCGGCCGGCACCUCCCUUUGGGCGAUCGGUCUAGCGAGGCGCUGGCGACUGCUCCCAGCCUCCAAGCCCUGCAAGCUGCUGCCUCGCGGUUCAGCCAGCGCAUGCCGAGCAUGCGCAUCUCGCGGAUCAACACGCUCAGGAGGAGGGCCGACGAGCCCAGCAGUCCGACGCUGGUGCGCACGGCGACAAUGGCGGGCAGUGGCGCGGAGAGCGACGACCAGGAGGGGCCGCUGACCGCGAUGAAGGCGCGGAUGAUGUCGCGGUCGUCCAGCCGUUGGACGAACGACCAGCUGGGUCUGGAGAGGGAGGUCGCGCGGGCCAUGGAGCGCUCCAGCGCGGCCACAACGACGCUGUCAUCAAUGAAGCUCUCCCACAUCGUGUGUCGGGCGCUCUCGGUGCUCUGGAACCUCGACUUCCCGGACCCGGAGCUGCAGAACGGGCUCCGGAUGCACGCGAUGCAGGCUGUGGUCCGGAACCUCGUCCCGACGGACUACAAGGUGGGCCCGCGGUCGGACAACCCACAGUUGCUGUCUGACCAGACUCUGUCGGGGCUCCUCGGCGGGUCGCGCCUCGAGGGCGGGAUCUGCCGCGCGGUCACGAAGGCCGACCUCGACAUCGUGCACGAGCGCAUCGACGACGCCGUCGGCUCGGAGGCCCUCCGCGACGUGAACACUGGCCUGUGGUGGGGCCUGCACUGCGCCGAGCGCAUGACGUGGCCCGGCGCGCUGCAGCUGGCCUACCGGAUCUACGCGAGCUUCGAGCUCCCCUGGCCACACGCCGCGACCAUCGUUGAGGGCCCACCGGGGUCCGGGCGCAUGGCGGCGACGCGCACGGCGGCGCUGCUUCACCGCGGCUCCGUCGUCGUCGUCGAGAAGGAGCGGGACAGCGUCCGCGAAGCCUGCAAGCGCGCGGCCACGCUGGCGCUCGAGGGCGAGUCGCUCUGCGCGGUGGUCGUGCGCUGCGAGUGUCUCGGGCCCACCCCCCACCACUGGGUGCAGGGCCUCGGGCCCAUCCUGGAGCUGCUCGAGGCCGAGACGCUGCCGCCGUACCUCGUCCCGGGCCUCGACGACAAGGCGUUCGAGAGCCCGGAGCCGAGUCCGCGCAAGGGCCGCGCGACGGCGGACGGCGGCGAGGCCGGAGACAACACGUACGAGAUGCAGGAGCUGCGCAUGGAGCUGAUGGAGGAGAUGGCGGAGGCGGUGCGCGCGAACCUGCGCUUCGUGAUCGUCGUGCCGGCGAAGUCGGCGCCCGGGCUGAUCGCGCACUGCGCCCCGCUCGCCGGGGCGGCUCUCCUGGGCGCGUGCAUCCCGGGGCGGGACAAGCUGUCGAGCUCGAUCAACGCAAUCAUCGCCCGGCACCUGCGGCCGCCGCCGCUGUCGCCGCUUAUGGCCGCCGCGGACGAGGCGGGCCACCGGCAGGAGAUGCAGUCCAUCGAGGUGCAGUUCCAGCAACUAGCAUCCAGCACCGACCUGACUAAGGUCUCCCGGGCCAUGGCCAUCCUGCACGACAUCGCGGUCGCGUCGUACAGGGAGUGGGAGCCGGCUUUGGCGUACGCGACGCCGAUCCUCGCCACGCGCGUGGCGGACGCGGCGCGCGUCUUCUGCGCAUACGUGCGGCAGGCGGAGUCCACCCUGAAGGAGCAGUACGUGGCGCAGAUGCUAAUGUCGAUGCACCUCGCGGCGAUCAAGCUGAACCUCUCGGGCGCGAUGUCGCAGCUCGAGCAGCUCCAGCCGAUCCAGGAGAAGACGGUGGACGUGAUCUCCUCGCUGAGCGUGGCCAUCGCGCAGGCCUCGCGCCACCGCGACCGCCUUGCGCGGCAGAUGAAGACGCUCAAGGACCGCGUGUCGACGGCGGGCAAGGUCGCCAAGCAGAUGCGCGAGGACCUGCAGAAGCACCUGAAGGAGGUGCAGGUGAACUUCGAGGUGGCGCGCGAGGACCUCUCGGCCAUCCCCGACGCCGACGUCAACGAGCUGCGGUCGUACCACGCGCCGCCCGCGAUGGUCCGGAGCGUGCUCGAGGCGGUCAUGUCGAUCCUGGGCAUGGACAACGACUGGGAGACGGCGAAACGUAUCAUGUGCGACCGCGAGUUGCCGCUGCACGAGCGCAUGAAGCGGUACAACCCGCGGAACCUGUCGCCCGAAAUCGUGCGGACGCUGCAGGCCUACGUCGUCCAGGACAACUUCAAGCCGGACGUCGUCGCGCAGGUCUCCCGCGCCGCCAAGUCCUUUUGCCAGUGGGUGAUCUCGGUGCACAACCUGGGCAUCGCCGAGAUGCGGUUUGCCAUGGCGGAGCAGCGCGUCCUGCAGCGCGAGUACGCGGUGCAGUGCACGUACUCGGUCAUCAACGCCAAGCAGGGCGCGUCGGACACACUCCAGCUCCAAGUGCGCGGGCUGCAGAUCCAGCGCGACGAGCACGUGCUCAUGCAGGCGCGCCAGGAGCGGGCGCGCGCGCAGCUCGUGCAGAACAUCCGCCGCAUGCGCCUGCUCGCGGAGGCGCUCGAGCAGCACGCGCACUCAUCGCCGGUGGACGGCGUGUCGCACCUUGCCGUCGACAGCAAGAUCGCUCUGUUGCGGGGCGACGCGGCGCUGGUCGGGGCCGCGGCGGCGUACCUAGGGCCGCUGCCCGGACACCUGCGCGACGACCUGCUCGAGCGGUGGAGGGCCGCGCUCGAGCAGUGCAACGUCACGCACUCGAGCCAUUUCUCCCUCCCUGGCUCUGCUGAGCUGCUCACGACCGUCGCGGAGCCCAUGGUGCCGCCGAGCCUGCAGCUGACGGCCGGGGACCGCACGAACCUCAUGCUCGUCGCGGUCGUGCCGGGCGUCCCGCUGCUGGUGUGCCCGUCGGGCGGGCCGCCUGCGUGGCUGAUCAGCCUGCGUGAGAAGCUGCACUGGCAGCACGUGCGCUGCGGGUCCGAGUCCGCGGCGGCGCACGUGAUCCGCGGGCUCCAGCAGGGCGGCAACAUCCUUCUGCGUCUCACCGGGACCCACGAGGACGCGGAGACGAUCCUGACGGUGCUGGACACGGUGCGCAGCGAGGAGCGGCUGUGGCGGCGCGUGAUGCCGGACCUGAGCCGGCCCGGGCACAGGGCCUUGAUUGCGUGGUCGCCGGGGGCGCCCGUCGGCCUCCCGGACUCGAUCCACGACGCGCUGCAUGUCAUCGACUGCCGGCCCUCGCUGUCGGACCUCGAGGAGAGGCUGGCGCUGGAAGCGAUGCGGAUUCGCAGCCCGUCGCGGGAGGCGCAUCUGCUCGAGGCGUACGCGGAGAACGAGGUUCUGCGCCGGCAGACGGUGUCGAUGCGGAUCAACCUCAUCAGCGAGCUCAUCGCCGCUGAAGAGAAGGCGUGGCAGGUGGAGGGGGUGCUGGAGGGGCUGGUCGAGGCCUCGCACGACAGCCUCGAGCUGCACCAGGCGCUGAAGGAGAGCCAGGCGAUCAUGUCGAACCUCCCCGCGACCUUCGAAGCGGACCGUCUGGCCUGCCGCUCUGUGGCCUGCGCAGUCACCGACCUGCAACAGCUCGCGCUCGCGGUGCCCGGCGCCGAGCUCGCGCUGAACGACAUCGUGACGAUCUUCCGCAAGGUUGCGGAGGCCCCGCUGACCUCGCUGGACGAGAACGAGGAGGAAGACAGGCAGGGGAAGAAGUCCGAGUCGACGCGCAAGCUGCGAUCCGAGCCCAUCAUCCAGGCCUACGUGGCCGAGGUGGCGCGGAACCUGGCCGAUGCGGACGCGUACGUGGCCGCGUUCGUGCUGUGGGCGGGCCACCAGACGGCGCAGGCCCAGGGGCAAGCGCACGCACAGUGGGUGCAUUGGCUGCGGUGGUUUGUCGAUCACGUCAUGAGCGGGGAGCCCGCGGAGUCGGGCCCGGCGACGCAGCAGUCGCGCGUGUCGGAGCACGCGGUCCUGAGCGCGCGCAGCGGGGCGGCCCUGCCCGAAACCUUGCAGGUACAGCAGCUGGCCUCCUUGCUCGAGCGGGACCCGGACCGCGUGGCUCUCCUGGGCCUCACGGAGCACGUCUGGCAGAACGAGGACGAGUGGUGCGACGCCGUGUCCUCGGAGUCGCCCGCGGACCGCGUUCCGGAGCCGUGGGGCUCGAAGAUGACGCGCAUCCAAAAGGUGAUGGUUCUCACCGUGCUGAAGCCGCCGCUGGUGUGGCAGCUGGCCAAGUGGUUCAUCGACGGGCUGACGAAAGCCUCGGCGCUCAAGGCGGGGCAGGAACCGCCCGCGGCGGUGCCGCGGCCGCCGGCGGUCACCCACGUCAUGCUGAGUGCUGCUGCAGGCAGCGCCGGCGCCGUCACGCGCAGCAUGGUGCCGAUCGUUGUCCUGGAGGCCGCGGAAGGCGUGCCUGUUGGCGCCAUCCUGCAGGUGGCGCGCAACACGGCGUAUGCGCUGUCCGGGUCGGCUGUUGCUAUGGGUGCGUCCAUCGAGGGGGUCAACAAGGACGCCAACCGGGACUUCGGGGGCGCCCGUGCGGUCGGCAUCAUGCUUGCGCGCGGCGGAGAGAAGGCUCGCGCGGUCGCAGUGUUUUCCUGCGGCGCCCUGCGUUCGCAGCAGCACGUGGCGCAACUGGCCGAGGCGCAGCGCUCGGGCCGGUGGGUGCUCCUCAUGCACCCGGAGGACGACAUCGCGGGCACGCUGGCGCUCAUCCGCUUCUCGCGGUCCAGCAAGGCGAGCAAGGCGUUCCGGCUGUUCGUGUGCUGCCGGCCCGGGAGGGCGCGCCUCCUCGGGGCUGCGCUGGCGCGGCCCGUGCAGCGCCCCAUCGCCGUGCAGCUCCCGCGGCACCCCACGAAGCUCGCGCACUUCCUCAUGGACAGCUGGCUCAGCCGCCAGGACCGCGCGCCGCCCCAGCGCGGCGAGGGGUCGCUUUCGGCGAUGCUGCGGCUCCUCAUCAGCAGCACCCUGGCUCACCUGGCGACGCUCGCGUACGCGGGGGCGCACGGAAGCCCCGACGUGCCGCCGUGGGACCUGGCGCACCGCACGGCCGUCACGCUGCUCGACAUGAGCCGCGCGAUGACUGCCGUGGCGCACCUCACCACCACGCAUUCCUUCCUCCUGUCUGUCGCCAACGAGCUGCCGGCCUAUCUGGCGUUCGCUGGCUACGGCGGGAUCGGUCCGGGCCCCGAGAUCCACGCGGCGGCGCGGCGCGCCUUCGCGAGGGUGUUGCCGGCGCCCGGUCCGCAGGGCGAGCCGUACAGCCUCGUGCUGGGACAUACAACGUCGCUGGUGUGGCCGCGCGAUCCUGCGCGGGCCGCCGUCAACCCGAUCAUGGAGAAGAUCUGGCGCAAGGAUGGGCUCCCGGAGCUGCUCGAGGGCGUCAUGGGCGGCCAGGGCGGCAAGGCGGCGGCGACGAUUGCGUCCGCUGUCUUCCACGGUACUCAGGCACUGCUGCGCGUCCGCAAACCGGGCGACGAUCGCCCCGUCACGGGGCCCCUGCUCACGACAUGGAGCAGGCUGCUCGGCGCGGGGCACCACUUGCCGCACGAGGUCCUGAAGAAGUUGACACGGGGCGAUCUGGAGCGCAUGGCAUCGUCGCUGAUGGUAAUGGCUCUGCGGAAGCCGGACCCGGGCUACUCGCUCCUAGACCCGCCUGCGGUAUCGCCGUUGAUGGCCGCAGCCGCGUUCCCGAAGCUGCAGCACUUCUACACUAUUCUGAACAACAUGGCAGAGGAGCUGUCCCUGAUUGCCAGCCAAGUAGAGGACCGGCACCUCCAGGUGCUGCUCGGCUGGCGCGUCAACAUCACGCACGUCGUCGUGCUCGAGGCCACCGCGCUCGCGCAGACCGCCGCCGGGGCCGCGAGCGACGUCAACGCUGUGCUGGCCAUCCUGCCUGGAGCGGGCCGCCGGGCGUCGCGCACGUGGCGCUCGCCGUUCGCCCAGGCCCUGAUCGGCGGAUUCGCGGAGUGGGACCUCGCUGGCCACCCCGCGGGCGGCGGCACGGCGCGGUGGAUCGCGGAGGUGCACCGUCGCGGCACUGGAAUCCUCGACCUCGUCAGGCAUGCGGAGCUGUCGGCGCGGGCUCACCCGCACGGGCCCGAGGGCUCCAGCGAGGACCUCCAGAUGGACGACGGCGGCACGCGCGGCCUCAUCGGGAGCGUCCGGACCGUCGACCUGUCGAUCCUCAGCAAGCCCUCGGCGCUGACCAUGGUCCUGAGCGCGCUGGUGAACCCGGACACGCCGAUCGAGCACGCCGCGACGAACCGGGACGGCGGGCAGCCGAGCUGGGCGCUGAAGGCGCACCUCACGCCGAUGCCGGUGCAGUCGGGCACCUUGAUUGAGGGCGAGCAGGAGGUGAAGAUUGGGUCGAUUCUCCUGGGGGGCAUCUCGCUGGUCGGGGCGAGCCUGGACCCGCUGCUGAUGAAGCACGACGUGCCCGCGGUCGCGCCGUCGAGCGGGGAGUGUCCGCUGCCGUUCGUGGAGCUCGUUCUUGAGACGCACCGCUGCAGCCUGGAUCUGGGGUGCGAGCUGUCGGCGUGGAGCGGGAAGGCCAUCCGCGAGCGCGGGGCCGACGCGGAGAAGCUCACGGGGAUCAUGGUGCCGGUGUUCGAGCCCGGGAGCUGGCGGUCGGACCGGCCGUUGUUGCACCUGCACGUGCUGGCACAACCGUCCAUGGCGGCGGCGGCGGGGGCGGUGCGGGCCGUGACGCGGCCGACGGUGAGGCCCACGGUGCCGCCCGAGCCGACGUCCAAGGCCAUGAGGGCGUAG